CCGUAUGGCUCCAGUUGACAAGAUGGCGGUGCUGCGGCCGAGCCGUCUAGGGCUGGGGGCUUUCUUCUUGCUUCUCGCUCUGGGCUGUGAGGCGGCUUGGGCCGACGGGGAGCUUUCUUCUGACUCCUUUUCCGAGGCCUUCGAGCCGGCGUUGGGCAAUACUGCUCCGUGCCAGCGAAUCUGCCAGAGUACCUACCCGCUCCACACUUACCCCAAGGAAGAAGAGCUCUAUGCAUGUCAAAGGGGCUGUAGACUCUUCUCCAUUUGUCAAUUUGUGGAUGAUGGAAUUGACUUAAACCGGACUAAGCUGGAAUGUGAUUCUGCAUGUACUGAGGCAUAUACCUCUCACUCUGAUGAGCAGUAUGCUUGCCGUCUUGGAUGCCAGAAUCAAUUACCAUAUGCUGAAUUGAGACGAGAGCAACUCACGUCCUUAAUGCCAAAAAUGCAUCUUCUCUUUCCUCUUACACUUGUGAGAUCAUUUUGGAGUGAUGUGAUGGAAACAGCUCACAGCUUCAUGACCUCCUCAUGGACUUUCUAUCUCCAAGCUGAUGAUGGUAAAAUAUUGAUCUUCCAGUCAAAGCCAGAAGUUCAGUAUGUUCGGAGUCGUGCUCAGGAAACCCCGAAUUUAAAAGACUCGUCGCUUAGUAAAGCAUCUUUAGAUCUGCAGCCAGAAGGACCACAGACACACAAAGGAUUCUUUGAUGAGGAUGACAGUGACAGCUUCUUCAAAUGUAUUUCAGUAAAUUCUGGAUGGAUAUUAACAACCACACUUCUACUCUCUGUAUUGGUGUUGCUCUGGAUUUGUUGUGCAACUGUUACUACUGCUGUGGAGCAGUAUAUUCCUGCUGAGAAGCUGAGUAUCUAUGGAGACAUGGAAUACAUGAAUGAACAAAAACUGAACCGAUAUCCACCUUCUGCCCUCAUGGUAGUGAAAUGCAAGGCUGAUGAACAAGAAGCAGGACCUCUGCCUACAAAAGUGAAUUUGUCUCAGUCAGCAAUAUAGAUUUUAAAAAUGAAUGCAUUAGACUAAAUUCUAAGACUUCUAUUAUUAACUUUGGUGACUUUUUCCAAUGAAGGGGCUUGUGGGGAGGUCAGUAUUGAGAAUCAAAUAAAGUUGCUGAAUCAAUGAAGGUUGUACUGUCAUGACGUUCAGUCUUUUUCACUAGUGGAAGAAAUUGUAUUGAGCAGGUGGGACUUGCACUGCACUUGCUGCAUUUUUUGCCUACCAAAAUCCCUGCUAUUGUUUAUAUGUUGAGGUUAAGGUAUUUGCAUAUUAUAAACAUCUGUCAGAAUGUAUAUUUGGAAUCUAUUUCAAAAAUUGUAAGGAAUUUUUGGUUGAAGAUGCCUUUUAAGUUGUUUUUAGAUGUGGAUAAAUUAAACUAACAUGUUGAGCUGAUUACAAAACUCAUGGUACUUUAAAUUGUUUUCACCAAUAAAGAUCUAUUUCUGUUUAAUUCAAUGCUAAUUUCGGGCCUUAAAGCAGAGUGGGCCAGAAAUAAAACUUUAAUUUAAAAAAUAUAUAAAUUAGGAUUUCUUUCUGUAUUGUGUUCUAGAAUAGCUGUUCAGAUUGUAUUGUUUUCCUUAAACUAGCCUGGCUUGACAUUUGUCGUGUUUGUCACAGAGUUUCCCACUUUUAGAAAGCUCUUGAAGAGGCAAAUAACCUUUGAACAAAUUUUCUAUUCUAGCAUUUAACUGACUGCAGUCUGGGCAGUAUUCAGCAUGAGCUUAAUUCAUAUGUAACAAGAAAUCAAGAGCAUUAUGACAAUGAGCCAUGGCAAACUUUCAGGUUCGUACAUACCUUCCUCCCUGCAUUAUUGCUUGCCAGAGAAGGAAAUCAAAAGUUUCUGUCUUCUGUUUAAACCAAGAUUAAUUUCCAGUGAUGUUCAGACUAAUUGAUUCUUUCCCUCACUAACCAUGGUUGAACCAAACCACAGUUCUGGACUUCAGCUAUUACAGGAAAUACAUAGUUAAAAUUUAGAUAUGAAAGACAAAACCUAACAGUCUCUUCCUCUGGUAUGUGUAAGGGAAGGGAACAUGCAUGCAUCCAGUUGGCUUUGGCUCAUUCUUUUAAUAGGAAACCAUGAUUUUCUGCUACUUACUUACCAAGGCACUAUUUACAUUUUCCACCACCCCCUGGACAUGGCUUUCUUUUUUAAAUGUACUUUAUUAAAUAGAAGAUUUGUUGAGAUGUAUGACCAAUUAGAAAAUGUUCUGCCAAAUGCAAUUCUGUAAAUAAGUACUUGCCAAGGAGCUUUCAAGUUCCUGUUUCCUUUAUUUGUUUUUCAGUAUAAUUGUAUGCAUUAAAAUAUAUUGCAUAUGAAAUUUGUCCAGUAAUAUGCACAAGUGCUUAUAAAAUCUUUGAUAGGUCCUUGGUAUUGAGUAAAAACCUUUUGGAGAAGACAAAACAUCUCAAUCCAGUCUAUUGAACUGCUCACCCUUAUAUCUUCAUUCUAUAAAUAAAAAAGAAAAACAUAAGCAGCAACUAUGGUGGCUCUCUGGUGAAGGGACAUGCCGUCAAAAUCUGAACAAAAUGCCAUUCUUUCUAAAUGUCACCAUUUUGUGAGUAUCUAUGCAUACGUGCAGUAUAACAUUUUAUGAUUCUGUAAUUUAGUGGUGAUAAAUAAUGGGCUUUUCUGUCUAAAAACUGAAUUAGCAUUGAUUAAUAUGAGCCUAAUAUAGUUAAUUUGCAAGAACAAUAAAGCAAAUAAUGUUGCUAAUCCUCUGUCUAGUUUACAGUACACUUUAUAAAGUUUAAAAAUCACCCUCAUUUUGAGGGUGACACCACUGACCUUCCAAUUCAACUAGUGAGAUGGUUGCUUUAAAUCAGCUUCUGCAACAUCUUUCUGUUGUAUGCUCAUUUCUGUCAAUUGUCUUAUUUUUUAGCUUGCAGUACUGAAAGGCUAUCACACUUACACAUUGAUGACUCCACCUGUAGCUGCUUUAAAUUACAAACUUCUUUAACAUUCCAAAUAUAAUUUGUAUAAUGUAUCUGCCUCUGUUUAUGGAAAAUGCCCAGACUUAAGUACAGGAAAAUUAAAUGAACUUAAAUUUGUAUUUGGAGCCUGAAAUUAUAUUGUCACUAGACUGACUAUUUGGAAGUGCAGAUUCUUCAUGGUUAUGAUUGCUGUUACUGGAGUUUUCGCUCACUAUGACAAACUUGAACAAAACUCUAUUCAAUGUUCUAAAAUAAAUUCUUGGCUGAAAGAA